CAAGAAUUCCGAGCACAAUUCGCAAGACCAGAAUCGACGGGAUAGCGACGACUUGUCCACCAAUCUUCCUGUUGCGCCGAGUCGCAUUCAAGCUACUGCUCCACCGAGAGUGUGGAAUGCCCAUGAUGGAGCAGCCAUCCACCAUACAAAGUACCAUUUCUGCAGCUUUAAUUUCAACGACUCGCAGCGCCGGAGCAGUAGCAAGCGAGGACCUUGCAUUCCACCGAUCUCUCGACCCUGCCCUGGGAACCGAGCUCGACAAGCAAAAUGCGCGGCUUCUGGAACUUGCGAACCGCCUUCUGGGGGCUGCGACAGCGAAUACGGAGAUAGUACGUCCUCAACGCCUAAAGGACCUCGAAAAUGUUGAGGACAACUGGAGGGCCGUGGUUGAUGUUGUCGAUAGUCUGUUGGAGCGAGCAGAUACAGCGUUGGAUGAAUUUACUGGCGCAGUCAAGAGGUUAAGUCCUGGUAUCAAUCAGACGACCGAUAAAUUGCAGAGAUCUUCGAAUCAAAUCGCCGGAUCGAGAAGUGCAGAGAUCGCAAAACCACAGCUGCUCUUCGAACAUGCGCCCACCAAUUACGAGACCGCACCAUUCAAACCACUUCUCAAAUCCAAGCCGCAUGCACGAGAGCCUUUGGCCGAGACGCCCGUCUCUACAGCUGAUGAGCCGAAGCCGCAUUUCCCACACCCGUAUCAAACCGAGAUCGAAAACUACACCUACCCUUCUUCAGUCUAUAUGCAGAACGAACCGAUCAUGUAUAAACCAUUCGAGGAGACGAGCGCCAUCUAUGUCGAUACCGAAGUAGCGAUGUUAGAAAUGCUGCAAGAGCUGAAGAAGGCGAGCGAAAUUGCUGUCGAUCUAGAGCAUCAUGAUAGCCGCUCCUACAUAGGGGUGGUGUCGCUCAUGCAAAUCAGCACGCGGAAUCAAGAUUGGAUUGUGGACACACUAAAGCCGUGGAGACGGAAACUUGAAUGUCUCAACGAGGUAUUCACCGAUCCGAACAUUGUCAAAGUUCUCCAUGGCGCAUACAUGGAUGUGAUGUGGCUCCAACGUGACUUGGGACUAUAUCUUGUCGGCUUGUUCGACACUCACUAUGCUGCAAAGGCUCUCGGAUACACCGGAGGCAGUCUGGCCUUCUUGUUGAAGAAAUUCAUAAAUUUCGAUGCUCAGAAGCAGUACCAACUUGCGGACUGGCGAGUGCGGCCUUUACCGCAAGAACUACUUGAUUAUGCCCGAAGCGACACACAUUUCUUGCUCUACAUCUUCGACCGUAUGCGCAACGAGCUUAUCGAGAGAUCUGACUUUGCGGUGCCGGAUCAUGAGAAGGACAAAGUAUGGGACGUCUUAACGAAGAGCUCCGAGACAAGUUUGCAGAGAUACGAACAUCCAAUCUACGACUCAGACCUCGGACAAGGAGCGAUGGGGUGGUACAAACUCCUCCACCGAAAUCCAAUGGAUCUUACAUCACAACAAUUCGCCGUGCUCCGCGCAGUUCACAAGUGGCGCGACGAUGUUGCCCGGGAACAGGACGACAGCGCAAAUUACGUGAUGCCUAAUCACAAUAUAAUCUCCAUCGCGAAAUCGCCGCCAUCGUCGCGAGAAGAGCUGAUCUCAUUGCUACACAACCGGACAAGAACGGUCCGUGAACGGGCAGGCGAAUUGCUAAGUAUCAUUGCUCAAGCAAAGUUGAGUGGCGAAAACGGGCCUGAAAUGUCGGCAGUAUUGAGUCAGAUCGAACCGCGUGCAAGCAGAAGAUCAGGACUUAGCUACGACAAGCCUAAGCCGUCUCUGGUGUCUAAACCGCCUCCUGUUACGGUUCCGUCCUCUACACACCCCGCGCUGCCAUUGCGCAGUGCUUCAUCAUCAUUCUGGGGCUCUGUAUGGGAUGGUAGUAUCUUCCAACAGAAAAGAGGUAUUGCCACUGCAAACAGAGUGUCACUCGCUGUUCCCCUUCCGCCAUUGACUGCCGAAAUCUUUGCCGACCCUGAGGAACAUCACGCUACUCAGUCGGUUCAACCAAAUGGCGAAAUCACCGAAGCUGCUGCUCCAAGGCAACCCGAAGCGUCGGUCGAUGACGACGUCUUCGUCUUGAAGGAUCUGAGUAAGAAGCGGAAGCUCGUCGACAGGUCAGACAGCAUGGCGGCACAAUCAAACGAAAUAUCUAUUCAAGAUAAUAGCGGCCUGAAUUCCAAAGCGAGACGGGCUCAAGAGAGAGCAGAGCGCAAGAAAGCGAAACGGUCACAGAGGGAGGCAGCCCAAGACGAUAUCAUUGAUGCCGAAAUUGGUGAUGUUGCCGAACAUGACACCGCGGAUGAACCGUUCGACUAUGCUUCGGCUCCUAGCAUAUUGAAUCCUCCACGCGAGAGUUUUGCCAGCGCAAAAGAGCGCAAGAAGAAAGAGAAACAAUUGAAUCCUUACGCGAAAGCUUUGGAUGCGCCGAAGGGAUUACCCAGAGCUCAGAAGGAGAAGGCUGGCAAGAGCAAGACUUUCAAAUCAUAAUUGGAAAAGCUUGCGUGUAGCAUUAUUGGUAGUUGGGGCAUUGGGUUGGAGUUGUUUUUUGAUCCUACGGUCUUAUUGCUUGGUGACCCACCAGCAUGAAUAUUACUAGCAUAGCUGUAAACCCUGUGCUAUCGUUGAAGCUUGCUUGACAAGCAUCUGAACGCUACCUACUCUUCCAGCGUCUUCACUCUUCCGUUU